AUGGCGACCCCUCUCAAGGCAUUGCUGCGGCGAAGAGGCGGCACGGGUGCUCCGCGAGACGAAGGAGCCGCCAUUCAGCGCGCCCUCGUGCGACGAAACAUGGUAGUGAACCGGAUUGUCGCCUUCGCUCCUCUCGUCCGAACCCUGCUCGUCGUUGUUGGCCUGCUGUACAUGCUCGCUCUGCCUUACAAGGGUCUCGGGCGACGACAUUACAUCAGCGAAAACGCAAUGCAGCCAGGACAGGUCAACACGUACUGGAACUGGGCGGAUGUCCACGUUGCGGACCUGUACGCGGAGAACGUGGCCAAGUGGAGCGCAGGAGACGUCACUGUCGAAGCCCGGAGUCGGGUGAUUCAGGACGCCUUCCACGAGCUCGGUCUGCCUGCGUCGCAACAACGGUAUACCUUUAAGCUUGCGCGCAACUCGACGCUCUCCGGCGUCAACACCUAUGCCAUCCUCGCUGCGCCGAAAACGGACGGAGCUGAGGCGCUCGUCCUGAGCGCUUCCUGGCUGAGUCGAGCGAAGGACGAGCAUGGCCAACCUCGCAUCAACACGCGAGGAGUUGCGAUCGUUCUGGCCCUCGCCAACUACUUCAAGAAGUACGCCUUCUGGUCAAAGGACAUCAUCUUCGUCAUCUCGGACGGCUAUUCGGAGGGCGCUCAGGCUUGGCUCGACGCGUAUCACGGCUACGGGCAGUCGAACCUCGUCGCCGAGCCGCUCAAGCUGACCACUGGCCCGAUCUGGGCUGCUCUCAACCUCGACUAUCCCCACCACUCUUUCAGCCACAUUGGCAUCCACUAUGAAGGAGCGAACGGACACCUGCCGAACCUCGAUUUCAUCAACUCCGCUUCUCGCAUCCUCCGCAACACGGGCAUCCCAACUGUCCUCCAUUCGAGCGACUCUUCCGACUCUUCCUUCCUCCCUUCGUCUCUGCAGUAUGCCGAGAUCGAGGCAUAUGCGCAAGCCGCGCGCAACCUGUUCCGCCAGGUUGCUCUCACCGCGGACGGCAGAGCGCUCGGACCCGAAGGGACCUUUGGCAAGUACCGCAUCGACGCCAUCACGCUCUUUGGCCAGCCAGCAGAAGGCCCUCACGGCUUCCACUCGCUCGGAAGGGCGACCGAAUCCAUCUUUCGCUCGCUCAACAACCUCCUCGAGCGCUUCCACCAGUCGUUCUUCCUCUACAUCAUGACCUCAAUUGACUCCUUCGUCGCCGUCGGCAACUACCUCGCUGCGCCCAUCCUCGUCAGUGCGGGCAUGACGAUCCAGGGGUUGAGCACAUGGGGACAGGCGCGAGUAGGAAAGGAUGGAGGCGCAAGGGAACGACCUGUUGCGCGGGCAAUCCUGGUGCUCGCGGGAGCAGUCCUGGCUGGAGCGGCGGAGAUGCAGGCCAUCUCGCAGAUUGACCCGAUGGAAGGGCUGAACGACUACCUCUCGCCGCUCCUCCUUGGCCUGCACCUCCUCGUCCCGCUCCUCCUCUCAACUCUCCUCUCCCGUCCUUCCCUCAUCGCCUCCCUCGCCCUCACUCUCCGCUCCUUCAUCCUCCUCCUCUCUGGUCUACUCGUCUCCAUCACCGCCACCCUCAACUUUGGCCUGUCCGCCUUCCUCUCGCUCUACCUCUGCGCAACUCUCCUCCUCGCCCAACCCGUCACCCGGCGGUAUCCUCGUCGGCGGGCCACCGUCAGACGGCUACAGCAGGUCACUCUCGCUUGCUUGUCGCCAACGGGGAUCUGGACGCUCUGGCGUACGGUCAACAAGGCCGGAGCAGAGGAAUGGCUGCGGGACUUGCUGAAAGACUGGCAAAUCGGCGGCGGCUGGAGUCUGCCGGUCGCGUUAGUCCUCGUAGGCCCUCUCGUCGUCGCGCAGGCUGUCGUCGUCGUCCUGUAG